AUUGCAGUCUCGCUGAGCUGUGCUCGCCGAGGGAUAGGACUGUUGUCCCCGCUGUACAGGUCACCCUGUGUUGAUACUUGUCUCAGACAUGUGAGCAGCAGCAGAGUGUGGACUGAUGUGCAGGAGGAAGAGUGCCUGCAGCUGGGGGACACAUGGAGAGGAGAGACUUCCUCACACCCUUGCUGGCCGGCGGCACAGCUGGCAUGUGUGUGGACCUCAUCUUAUUUCCACUUGACACCUUUAAAACCAGACUGCAAAGCCCUCAGGGAUUUUCCAAAUCCGGUGGUUUCCGUGGCAUCUAUGCGGGCGUUCCUUCCACUGCUAUCGGAUCUUUUCCAAAUGCUGCUGCUUUUUUUGUGACUUAUGAAACCGUGAAAUGUUUAUUUCACUCUGGCUCCUCUCCAUACUUAUCAGCUUUAACUCACAUGGGAGCUGCCGCUAUGGGGGAAGUGGUAGCGUGUCUCAUUCGUGUACCUUCAGAAGUGGUAAAGCAAAGAGCGCAAGUGUCGCCGUCCUCCACCACCUAUCAGAUGUUCUCUAGCACUCUGCGGCAAGAGGGAAUACGGGGCCUGUACCGAGGAUAUAAAAGCACAGUACUCCGAGAGAUCCCGUUUUCAUUGGUUCAGUUUCCACUCUGGGAGUUUUUAAAGGAUCUCUGGUCAUGGAGGCAGAGCGCUCCGUUGGAUUCUUGGCAGUCUGCAGUCUGUGGAGCUUUUGCAGGUGGAUUUGCAGCUGCAGUUACGACACCCCUGGACGUAGCGAAGACCCGUAUAAUGCUAGCAAAGGUUGGAUCGAAUACUGCAAGCGGAAACGUGUUGUUUGCACUGAGUGACGUAUGGAGAACACAUGGCGUUACAGGAUUAUUUGCCGGCAUUGUCCCCAGAAUGACCGCGAUCAGCCUCGGAGGUUUCAUCUUCCUGGGGGCUUACGACAAAGUGCGCAGUUUGCUUCUGUGAAGAAUCCAAUGGAACCUGCAGAAUGAAGCCGCUGCAAGUUACACUGUCCACGUGUUUAUAGUUAUACCAAGACACUAUGUGGACAGGAAACGAUGGUCUGCUACAGUCCCUGCAAAAUCACAACGUUUCACUCAAGCACAAAGAAAUCUUCAGCUAAUAUUAUGUCUGAAACCCUCCAUAUGUUAAUGCAGUUUAUGACAUGUGACAAGUAGACUCCUACAUUACAGCAUCAGUAUAUCCAGGUGAAACUAGAACAGUAUUACACCAAAAGACAAUACUUCACCCUUUCAAAGGAAAAUCCAUUAUACUGUAUGAAGCAUAGCACUCCUGCUGUUAUUCCAGUCCCUUCAGUAUAUCUGGCCGGUAUCCGGACUCCAGGUCGACAGCACAAAGGUCGACACACCUUAGGUCGACGCCAAUUGGUCGACACACCUUAGGUCGACAUGGACAAAAAGUCGACAGGAACAAGGUCGACAUGAGUUUUUCACGAUUUUUUUCUUUUUUUGAACCUUUUCAUACUUAACGAUCCACGUGGACUACGAUUGGAACGGUAAAGUGUGCCGAGCGAAGCGAAGGCACCAUGCCCGAAGCAUGGCGAUCGAAGCGAGCCAUGUGAGGGGACGCGGUGCACUAUUUGGGGUUCCCGGUCACUCUACGAAGAAAACGACAACAAAAAAACAUAAAAAACUCAUGUCGACCUUGUUCCAUGUCGACCUUGUCCAUGUCGACCUUUUGUCCAUGUCGACCUUUUGUCCAUGUCGACCUAAGGUGUGUCGACCAAUUGGCGUCGACCUAAGGUGUGUCGACCUUUGUGCUGUCGACCCUCAGUCCCAGACCCAUCUGGCCGCACCAAUUACCAGAAAUCGCGCUACUCAGGAACAAGGCCUUGAUGUGAUUCAACGUUGCAGAGUAGAUUAAGAAUCACAGCAGCAUACGCCUUAUAGAGACUGUUAUUUUAACAUUAUUGUCUAUUGAUCAUUUAUUUUACUGCAUUUUGUUUUUAGCAAAAUGUGAGAUGAAGCCUGAAUUUGUCACCUGAACUUUCUAAUUAAAUAAGGUUUUCAAGGAAA